AUGGACACGAAAGUCCUUGGCCCUGCCGACGGCCAAGAGCUACUCUCUACCUACGGUUUACGAGCAUUAGCGACCGUUGUGUUUGACAUCGACUCGGGACAGAAACUGGAUGCGUUGUAUCCAUCGACUUGCGGUAUCUCGGAGGCUGCCAAGACAAGUCUGACGCACUUAUCGCUACCUCAUUGCAACAAUCAGGACGAAGGAGACACGCAGUUUAUUGUUCGAUUCCGUGAUCGUGCUGACGACCGCGAGCUUCAUUUCGGCUUUGUGCUAUUCCGUCAGCAAAAGGACGAGUCUCGUACUCGUGGAUACUUUCAAAAAGCUCUAGUGUUAGUGACUACAAAGCCCUAUGUGGACUUGUAUGACCGUGUGCUGAGGGUGAUUGGCCCACUUUUUUUCAAGGCUGGACCGCAGGUUUUAGCUGCAGUGUAUAACAACGUCAAGUCGUGGCCGGAGCUUGUGUACAAUUCACCCGUGGUGCUGCCACUAGCUGGCACUUACAUUUCGUGUAUCAUCCCGAAGCUGCUGGAUUAUGAAAACUUGGAGUCCACGUACGAGACGAAAACGCACUCACCUCUUCACUUGCAUUAUAUCAUCGAAGAAGACGACGAAGCCACAGACGUUCCCGACUUCGAUGAUGUAGAAGAAGAAAAUGACGAAAAAGUAGGGGACGAUUCCGAGGAGGCGGUGCUGAUGAAAGGAGAAAACUUUGUGGUGUCACGAAGGCAACACCCACCGUCACCAUCAUUUGGAGAUCUUUUGCUCUUGAAACGGACACACCAAUCGACUCCAUUCGAGAAUAUCGGACUAUAUUCGAGCUUUAUGGGUUUUGAAGAAUCGCUGUGGCUUUUGUGGCAGCUCGCAAUUACUGGAGAGAGCGUUCUCAUCCUAUCUCCACACGCCAGAACAUGCAGUCAAGCCGUGCUUGCGUUUACUAGUCUAAUUGCACCACUCCAGUUCCAUGGCGACUGUCGACCAUACUUUACAGUCUACGAAGCAGAUUUUGAUACGCUUUCCAGUAAGCAAAAUAAAGGCGUUAGCAACCCGAAUGACGUGACUGUUAUCGGAACCACAAACCCUUUCUUUAUGAAGACGCUAAAACAUUGGCCAAACGCUUUAGUCUUUCCGUUUCUGGAGCAUCCGAACGCGAAAGCACAACUCGAAAAAGGCGCCGGUAGAGCUCAAGAUGCUUCGGAGGCAGAUGAACCUGGCAGCAUUAGUCUCCGUAUUCAAAAGAGCGUAGACCUAGACGAUUUUGAAAACAGCUUUCGUCCCAUGCUUUUGAGGCGUUGUCCUCGCUACAUGGUCCGAGACGUUGCUCUUCUUCACCAGCUUGUUCCUCCUACAAAGCCUCACAUCAUCCAGACCACCAACCAUGAUGAGAAACCAUGCAUCGCAAUCAACAAUGCCGUUCUUCGAAAGCACUUUCGAAAGCUCACAAAAGAUUUCUUACAUCCAUUUGAACAAUAUUUCGGUAUUUGGAAACCAAGCGGAAGACGAUCAAAUUUGUACAUGAGUGCUGAGGACUACAUGAAACCAUUCACACUGACGGAGUUACUUGCAAGCAUCGAGCCACGGAAGCUACCUCCGCAGAUCAAAAAAACCAAGUGGAAGGCUCUGUACACAGCUUUUGUCAAAUCUGCUCAUUUUGAGCCGUGGUUCAAUUACCGACGCCAGCGUUGCAUUCACGACUUUGCAAAUGCAUUACGUGCCCUUCGGAGCAGUGUUGACACCGACUUGUUGCUGAGCUCUCCUUUCGGUGACAAUUUAUCACAGGAGCAGUACACGAAGCUAAAGAAAGAGAUGGACACUGCACUUGCGAUAGAAAAGUCACAAAGCCAAGUGGACAAGCAACAAGUUCGCAUUGUUAAGAGGCAUCUAAAAGCAGUAAAGACGAAACUGCGUUCCAUCAAGUAA